CAUGUCAGAGUGAGUCAGUGUGUGGAGGCAGCAGCAGUUUUGUCUCCCAGAGAGCAAGCUGACAGAUAGAACUGGGCAUUAAACAGCUAGUAGCCAAGGAAAUGAUCCUGGUAUACGCUAGGUAUUUAACAGGACACUUAUGCUAGAAGAGUAACCCUAAGACAUUAUACAGCUACAGCAGAAUAGAAAUUAUACUAAAGAGAGGAGUGCACUGUUUAUUCUACAGAAGAACUGAUCAGACAGGGCAAAACAGACUUGAUUGUUUCAGGGAUGUGACUACCAGAUCCUUAUCCUCCAACCUCAGUCUACAGACCCAAAAGAAGAGAAGAGGAGAGAAAGACAGGAGGGGAAAAAGAGGGGGAAAUAAGUCUUCCCGCGUGGCUGGUUGCAGGUGUGUGUGUGCGUGCGUGCGUGGAUGCGUGCGUGUGUCUGUCAUGGCAGGGGCUCAGCCAGGGACACAUGCUCUCAAGCUCAAACCCCCGAUCGUUCCCAAUACUCUGCGGAAUGGCAGCCGCUUCAUGAAAUGGGAUGAUGAUCUCUCCACAGUGACUCCUGUCACCCUGACUGUGGAUCCACACGGAUAUUUCCUAUACUGGACCGACCAGAACAAGGAGACUGAGUUGUUAGACAUUACCUAUAUAAAAGAUGCCAGAACUGGGAAGAGCACCAAAACCCCAAAGGAAGCAAAGCUGCGUGAGCUGCUUGAUGUGGGGAACCUGGUGGGCCGUAUAGAGAACCGUCUGUUGACCAUAGUCACAGGACCUGACAUGGUCAACAUCACAUACCUCAACUUCAUGGCCCUGCAAGAGGAGGAGGCCACGGAGUGGGCUGAAGAGCUGUUCUCUCUGGCCUCAAACCUGUUGAGUCACAACAUGAACAGAGAAACCAGUCUGGAGAAAGCGUAUGUCAGACUGACCCUGCAGCCAAACAGUGACGGACGAAUCCCAGUGAAGAACAUCGGCCGCAUGUUCUCAGCAGACAAAAAGAGAGUGGAGACGGCACUGGAACACUGCAACCUACCCUUUGGACGGAGUGACUCUAUUCCCAUUGAGGACUUCACCCCCGAAGUUUAUAGAUCUUUCCUCUCCCACCUCUGUCCUCGGCCGGAACUCAACUCAAUCUUCUCUCAGCAGGGCGGUAAGGGUGCGUACCUGUCUGUGGACCAGAUGACAGAGUUUAUCAAUGAGAAGCAGAGAGAUCCUCGUCUGAAUGAGAUCCUCUAUCCUCCACUCAGACCCUCUCAGACACAGAUCCUGAUGGAGAAAUAUGAACUCAACCACAGCCUGCUGAAACAAGGCCUGAUCACAUUAGAUGGGCUCAGCAGGUACCUGGUGUCUGAUGAGAACGGAGUGAUCCCUCACGAGAAGCUGGACCAAUCAGAAGACAUGACCUUGCCUUUAUCUCACUACUUCAUCAACUCUUCACACAACACUUACCUAACAGCGGGCCAGCUGGCGGGCAGUUCGUCUGUGGAGAUGUACCGUCAGGUGCUGUUGGCAGGCUGUCGCUGUGUGGAGUUGGAUUGUUGGAAAGGACGAACCACAGAGGAAGAACCAGUCAUCACACACGGCUUCACCAUGACCUCAGAGAUUUGCUUUAAGGAGGUGAUUGAGGCAAUCGCUGAGUGUGCUUUCAAAACAUCUCCUUUUCCUGUCAUCUUGUCAUUCGAAAACCAUGUGGACUCGCCGAAACAACAAGCCAAGAUGGCUGAAUACUGUAGGUCCAUCUUUGGAGAUGCAUUGCUGAUAGACCCACUUGAGAAAUAUCCUCUUGAGUCUGGGGUACCCCUGCCAAGUCCGCAGGAGCUGAUUGGUAAGAUCCUGAUCAAGAACAAGAAAUCCCACAAGCCCUCAUCUGCCCACUGCAACAAGAGACUGGCUGACCAGCCAGCCAACCAGAGCGCAGCAGCAGAACAGGCAACUGAUGAACCCUCGUCUCCUAGCAACAUCACAGCCGAUGUAGAGGCUGAAGAUGAUGAUGACGAUGAUGACGAUGAUGACGAUGACUGUAAAAAGACGUCAGAUGAGGGCACAGCAGAGGAGCGGGAGGCCAUAGCAACCGAAGAGAUGUCCACUCUGGUUAACUACGUCCAACCCACCAAGUUCAACUCCUUCGAGGCUUCCAAAAAGGCUAAUCGUAGCUAUCAAAUGUCAUCGUUUGUGGAGACUAAAGCCCUGGAGCACCUCACCAAGUCACCAGUGGAAUUUGUGGAAUAUAAUAAGCAACAGUUGAGUCGUAUCUACCCUAAAGGCACUAGAGUGGACUCUUCCAACUACAUGCCACAACUCUUCUGGAACGCUGGCUGCCAGCUAGUGGCGCUUAACUUCCAAACUAUAGACCUGUCUAUGCAGUUAAACUUGGGCAUGUAUGAGUAUAAUGGGAAGAGUGGCUACAGACUGAAACCCGAGUUCAUGAGACGACCAGACAAACACUUUGACCCGUUCACUGAGAGCACUGUGGACGGCAUAGUGGCCAACACUGUCAAGGUCAAGAUAAUCUCAGGCCAGUUUCUAAGUGACAAGAAGGUAGGUGUGUAUGUAGAGCUGGACAUGUUUGGUCUUCCUGUGGACACCAAGAGGAAAGCCCUGAAGACCAAAACAUCCCAGAGUAACGCGAUCAACCCUGUCUGGGAUGAGGAGCCAAUCAUAUUCAAGAAGGUGGUUCUCCCCACAUUGGCCUCUCUGAGGAUUGCUGCAUUUGAAGAAGGAGGAAAAUUCAUAGGUCACCGUAUUAUUCCUGUGCCAGCCCUACGGCCAGGUUAUCGCUACAUUGGCCUCAGGAAUGAGAAGAACCAGUCUCUGAUUCUGCCUGCUGUGUUUGUCUACAUUGAAGUGAAGGACUAUGUCCCAGACACCUUUGCAGAUGUGAUUGAGGCGCUGUCUAACCCGAUCCGGUAUGUGAAUCUUCUGGAGCAGAGGUCCCAGCAGCUGGCCGCUCUUACUCUGGAGGAUGGAGAGGAGGAGAACAGCAAAGAGGUUGAGGCUAGUACUGAACAGCCAGGGCCUGCCGAGCCAAAAACAAAUCUACGACCUGCUCCUCUGGAGAAUGGUCUCAGCCCCAGCCCUACAGUCACACCCAGGACUCCUACUAACACACCCCAAACUUUAGCCACAGAACUAAACAAACCUGCAGCAAAGACUGAAGACAUGGUGCAGAGCAUUCUGAAAGAUAUAAAAGUUGCCUCAAUAGAGGAGCUCCGGCAACACAAGCUAAUUGUGCGAGAGCAGAAGAGACACUACAAGGAGAUGAAGGAUCUUGUGAAAAAGCACCAGAAGAAGACUUUGGAGAUGGUGAAGGAACAGACAACUAAGUGCAUCCAGGCUCAGAAUCAACACACACGCAGGCGCAACACUUUUCUGAAGACGAAACAACAUGGUAAGACAAGGAGAUUGUCGCCUGAAGUGGAGGCUGAACUGAAGCAGUUUGAUGAGGAAGGAGAGGGGCGACUGGGGGAGCUGAGAGAACAACAACAGCAACAGUUAUUGGAGCUGAGACAGGAACAGUACUACAGCGAGAAAUACCUUAAACGAGAACACAUCAAACAGCUGAUGGAAAAACUGACUACACUUGCUGAGGAAAGUCAGAACUACCAGAUGAAGAAAUUAAAAGACAUGUGUGACAAAGAAAAGAAAGACCUGAAAAAGAAAAUGGAAAAGAGGAGAACAGAGAAAAUCAAAGAAGCUAUGACGAAAGAGAAGCACUUAGCUGAAGAGGAGAAGUUGGAUAUUAACAAGUCAUAUGUGAAUGAAGUGGUACAGAACAUCAAGAGGCUGGAGGACGCCCAGACAAAACGUCAUGAGAGACUGGUGGAGCAGCACAAAGAUAUCCAGCAGCAGAUUCUUGAUGAGAAACCAAAGCUGCAGGCUGCAGUGGAGGUGGAGUAUCAGGAGAAGUUCCGUUUAUUGCCGGGGGAGAUCCAGGACUUUCUUCAAAACAGGAAAGGGGGGGUCAAAGGUCACAUUGUGCACAGCCCCUCAUCCCCCCAUGACACAGUCUCUGAGGAGGAACUAGAGGUGGACCAGACAGAGUGAGAGAGAAAGUUGAGAGGGAGGAGAGUAGAAAUAGUAGGACAUUCUCCAUUUGGCAAAAGUAUUUCUUGUCCUCUCCUUGACAUCGUCCUCUGCAUCAUGAACCAAUAUGUAGUUGAGUGGUAAAGGGUUGUGUAAAUUUGUUAGGAUGCUCACUUCUUUGAUUACCAAUAUCAGCACAACAGUAUCCUUCACAAACACCUUCUAUAAAUCAGCUGUUGUUUUCUUCCAUUUUUUAAAGCAUGCACACAAUUAAAAGUAUUUUACCUUUGACAUGUCUUGCAAAGCAAAAUUUCACAUUUUACUUGGGGAUUUUAUUCUCGUAAACGUUCCUCAAGGUGCAAGCGGAGAAUGAGUCUCAAGGAGUUGGGCAAAAACAAUUUUGAUUCUCCUUGAGAAAGAAAGCUUUUCUUUUUAAUUAAUGCUGGAUUACUGCAGCGCACUAAAUGUACGGGUAGUCCUGGAGACUUUGUAUUUUCAUGUAUCUGCUGCAUAACAUAAACAAAGCACAUUAUAUUAAUCUACUGACUAGAUCUUGACCUCAGACACGGUCCUGUUGUUCUGACCACAUGUGAUUCUUGUCUGGUCAUGGGGUUGUUGUAGUCAGUCGGCAGGGGACCACCUUUUUGAUGUUGUUCUAUUUGCACUGAAAUGUGAACCAUUUCCUUCUGUUCAUAACACUUCUGGCUGCCUGUGCUUUCUGUUUGACAUUCCUGCUGAAAUGGUUUGUGAAAUUGUUUUCUACUUGGUUUUAAAGAUACAGUUCACCUACAUUAAAUUCCACAUUGCUGUCCCAACCCUGUAAGCAGUCUAUGCAAAGGUAUGACAGCAGCAGCUUUGGUUAUAUUUACAUUUUAAUAAUUUAGCAAGCACUUGGAUCCAGAGAGUGACAUAUAGUUUGUUUCCUUGGCACCAUUUCAGAAUUCUACCAUUUAAGCAUUUGUUGCAGAAAUCUACAUCCUGGUACUGAAUAUCAGCCUUUUUUACACAUCAUGUUCAAAGCAUGAUGUGUAAGAAAUGCAAAUAUCGGAACUAGGACUUGGAUGGGAUUUAUGCCCAUAAAUUGUAAAACACUCAUAUUUUGCCAGUGAAGCCAGACAAAAAGCAUGCAUUGCAGUCAAACGUUGACUACUUACAAGGUAAGGAAACCAAUACAGUAUUGUCAUUUGGGUGAACUAUCCCUUUACUGAUUUAGAGAGUUUUAUAUUUAAAAGAUUUAGUAAUGACAUUGAUAUGUUAUUUUCCAUUGAUAAGUUGUUAAUUGUUGUGGUUCCUUACAGUUUCAGGGAUGCAUGACUUUAUGCAGUCUUUUUGUUUAACUCUUAAAAUGUACAGUACGGUUACUAACAUGGAUGUACAUGGAUGAAAGUGAAGUACUAAGUUUUAAGUUUAUAUUAAAUAAUAUUUAAUACUAUGAUGUCUAUUAUCACACUUUACUCAUCCAAUAUAGUGUAAAA